GUGCUUACGUCAUCGCACACGUCUACCUUUUUGAUCAAAGUGAUAAAAAGAAAAGUCGUAAAUGGCGUCGUCACUGAGUCUCUCACUAUUUUAAACCCCAUCAGUGACACUCCUUUCUUCUUCACUAAGCUCCAAGUCCACUUUCUUUCUUCAAUUCGAUCUUUGCAACUAUGGCUUCAUCUACGAAGACGGUUUUGAUCCCUAUUGCUCAUGGUACGGAGCCUUUCGAAGCGGUGGCGAUGAUCACCGUGUUGCGGCGAGGUGGUGCUGACGUGACGGUGGCGUCCGUUGAGACUCAAGUUGGCGUUGAUGCUUGCCACGGCAUCAAGAUGGUCGCCGAUACUCUCCUCUCUGACAUCACCGACUCCAUUUUCGACCUUAUCGUGCUUCCCGGAGGGCUUCCCGGCGGCGAGACGCUUAAAAACUGCAAACCAUUGGAGAAUAUGGUGAAGAAACAAGACACAGAUGGACGGCUUAACGCAGCUAUCUGUUGUGCUCCUGCGUUGGCUCUUGGAACUUGGGGUCUACUCGAAGGCAAAAAAGCAACGGGUUACCCUGUUUUCAUGGAGAAGCUUGCGGCUACUUGUGCCACUGCUAGUGAGUCAAGAGUGGAGAUAGAUGGAAGGAUAGUGACCAGUCGAGGACCAGGAACCACCAUCGAGUUCUCACUCACCCUUGUGGAGCAGCUGUUUGGGAAACAGAAAGUUGAUGAAAUCAUUCGUAUCUUGCUGGUUCGUCCUAACCCUGGUGAGGAGUAUACCUUCACCGAGCUUAACCAAACCAACUGGUCAUUCGAAGAUACCCCACAGAUUCUCGUUCCCAUUGCAGAGGGCUCGGAGGAAGUUGAAGCUAUUGCGCUUGUAGAUAUCCUGAGGCGGGCAAAGGCAAAUGUCGUGAUUGCUGCAGUUGGUAACAGUUUGGAAGUUGUAGGAUCUCGCCAUGUUAAGCUAGUAGGAGAUGUGCUUCUUGAUGAGGUUGCAGAGAAGUCGUUCGAUCUGAUCGUGUUGCCUGGUGGCCUUGACGGUGCUCAAAACCUCGCAAAAAGUGAGAAACUGGUGAACAUGCUAAAGAAACAAGCGGAAGCAAACAAGCCGUACGGAGGAAUCUGCGCAUCUUCUGCUUACGUCUUUGAGCCUAAUGGUUUACUCAAGGGUAAGAAGGCGACUACACACCCCGCGGUGAGCAACAAACUUUCCGACCAGAGUCACAUUGAGCACAGAGUCGUGGUGGACGGAAAUGUCAUAACGAGCAGAGCUCCAGGGAUUGCAAUGGAGUUUUCACUUGCGAUCGUUGAGAAGUUUUACGGGCGGGAGAAAGGGCUUCAGCUUGCAAAGGCAACGCUUGUGUAAAUUCAAAGAAUCAAGUAUGUGAGAGGGACGUGAAUAAAAAAGAAGAAAAGGGUUUUUAGUUAUCUAUCCAUUGAUGAUUAAGAGUGUGACUCUGUAAUUUGAGCUUUGGCUGAGUGGAGUGUGUAUUUUUAUAUUUUAUGAUCUUUAAAAAUGAAUAAAUAAGUUUCUUCUAUACUGCGAUUUGUCUAUGACCCAAUGGGAAAAUGCUCAAUUAAUUCUUCAAGUAAUCGAAUUUGGUAGAUUAAUUAUAAAUAUCUUGUGCC